AUGGAGAACCUUGGCAAGAUCUCCGCGUUUGGGAAGAACAUCUCCGCCUCCUUCACACCAUGGGCUGCCCGGACGCAGCAAUAUGUCAAGGAGCAGGUCGGCCAGGCCGAGGACAAGACGCAGCUGCCGCCCGACUAUAUUGAGCUCGAGAAGCGCGUGGAUGCGCUGAAGAAGGUGCACAAUAGCAUGCUUCAGGUCACAUCGCAAUACGCAAACGAGGCCUACGACUACCCAGCCAACAUCCGCGAGUCCUUCAACGAUCUCGGCCGCACUGUCUCGGAAAAGGUCCACCUCCUUUCGAGCGCAACGUCGCCUGCCGAAGCCCAGGCCGCCCUCACUGCGCCCCCGUCAGCGAAGCCGCAGCCCAAGACUUUCAGCCACGCCGUCGCCCGCGCUGCCCUCAAUGCCUCACACACCCUCACCUCGGAGCAGACGGGCUCCAGUGAAGACCCGCUCGCUACCGCGCUCGAAAAGUACGCGAUUGCCAGCGAGAAGCUGGGUGAGGCGCGCCUGGCACAGGAUGCCCAGAUUCAGAGCCGGUUCCUGGCCGGCUGGAGCACCACGCUCAACACCAACAUCCAGUUCGCUACACGCGCGCGCAAGGCCGUGGAAAACGCUCGGUUGAGCCUCGAUGCGACAAAGGCCAAUGCCAAGGGAGGUGCUUUUGCCCUGCCUGGCCAGGCUGGCCGCAAAGACGGCCUCGACGAGGAUCUGAGCGACGAGGCGAGGGCCAAGAUUGAGCAGGCUGAAGACGAGUUUGUGGCACAGACGGAGGAGGCUGUCGGGGUCAUGAAGAAUGUCCUUGACACCCCCGAGCCCCUCCGCAAUCUCGCCGACCUCAUUGCUGCCCAGCUUGAAUACCACAAGAAGGCCUACGAGAUCUUGUCAGAGCUUGCGCCUGUCGUGGACCAGUUGCAGGUCGAGCAAGAGGCUAGCUACCGCAAGGCCCGUGAGGGACUUUAG